GACAAGUAGUAACCUCUGUGAUCUGUGGUGUUAGGUUAUGUGCUAGUUUUUGAGAAGCGUGUGGUUGUCAUUGUAGAAAAGGGGCUUCUCCAGCUAGGUAAUGAUUGUGCACUUGACUUCCACAUAGGAGAUAGUGGGGUGCAAUGUCCGAAAGUCCCAUCGAACAAGUCAAAAAGUUCGUUUUCAGUGACGACCGUAAUAAGACUGAAAAGUUGGACAUAUACAUUCCUGAGCUCCUUCAAGCUAGUUACUCGUUUUAUACGUGGCCUUGUGCCCCUGUUCUCGCCUGGUUUCUGUGGGAAAACCGUUCCGAGUUGCCGGGCAAGCGAGUUUUGGAAUUGGGUUCAGGCACAGCCCUUCCCGGCAUCUUAGCGGCAAAGUGCGGUUCUCACGUCACAUUUACCGAGUCUGCAACCCUUCCCAAGAGCCUCGCUCAUACCAGACGCUCGUGCCAACUCAAUCAGCUGGUUGUCGACGAGCAAGUGCGAGUUCUGGGACUCACCUGGGGUCUUUUUCUCAGCAACUUGGACUGCAUCGGCCCAGUCGACAUCAUUUUAGGUUCCGACUGUUUCUUCGAUCCGGCCAUUUUCGAAGACAUUCUAGUAACAGUAUCGUAUAUUCUGAAUCAGAAUAGUGGCGCAAAGUUCUUCUGCACCUAUCAAGAGCGCAGCACCGAUUGGACGAUCGAGCAUUUGCUAAACAAGUGGAAGCUCAGGGCAAAAGUGCACGAUCUGAGCAACUUGGGGGCUCACAGCGGCGUGGAAGUGAGCGAUAUUUUUGCUGGCCAUACCAUUCAUCUGCUGGAAAUCGAUUCAAAGGCCUGAAAUGGCAAGUAAUGCUGGCAAGUUUCACAAACUGUAUGUGAGCAACCUCCCGUGGACAGUGAGCCACAGCGAAUUGCGCCAGUACUUCAGCAAAUUCGGCCCCGUUAAUCUAUCAACGGUGGUGUUCGAUAAAAGCACAGGCUUGUCGAAAAAGUACGGUUUUGUUAGUUUCGGUAACAGGCAGGGCUUUGACGACGCUCAGAGUGUGACCGAGCACAAGUUGGAAGGGAGCGCUCUGAAAGUCGCUCCGGCCAAUCAAGACAA